AUGCUCAUUCACGUCAAUAAACCCUCACUCGGUCCACAGGGAGAAGACUAUAAAUCGGCGCGCCCUGUUGGAGGAAAUGGUGUCGGUGGCUCUGCGCCCAUCUCGAAACGCGACAAGCGGCGCACCGCUCUCCAGGAGCGUCUGCACGACCUGACGGCCUCGUUCAGCCAAAACCGCGACACCCAAUUCCGUCAGCAGCUCCACUCGCUGCAGUGCGAUAUGACCCUCAUCAACAAUUCCGACCCCUACCAGCCCGGUCCGCUCCCGGACUCGGCGGAGGAUAUCGCGCAGUUGAUUGAGGAGACCGUGGGCGGUGGCAAGUUUGCGAAGGAGAUGGCUAGUCUGUCGGGGACGUGGUACUCCAAGUUUGUGCAGGAUGUGAACAAGGUUAAGGAGCAGAGAGAUACCGAUUUGGCUCAGACAAUUAACCGACAUCAAAAUAACCUGGCCCGUUUUGAGAGCGAAUACGAGUUCCGGGUACAUUUUGCCAAAGAGGAAUUCAGUUUGCUGUCAGCCACCCUUCGGGAACGUCUGGUGCAGACCAUCUCCGGGAAGCGGGCGCGUCUGAUGCGCGAGAAGGAGCAACUUGACAUCGCCGACACCAAUGCGCUGCUCCUCCAUCCCAACCAGUUCAGCAUCACCAACCCGGCCAGCCCUGGCGGCCUUCACAGCAACCGUAAGACGCGGCACACGCGUCACCGAGUCGACCUCGAGCUGGACAAUGGAAUCGUUUCGGACCUGAAUAAGCGCAAGCGCAAGGCCCCCGAGGAAGAUGCUGGGUCGCCCGUGCGGGAAACGGGCGGCACAACACCGGCAGAGCGGUCCAAGGCAACCCUGGCACAGCAGACGGCACCAACAUACUCGAUCCACUCUCUCUUCACGGACAAGGAGCUCAGCGGACACGCCAACCAAGCACACGUGGCCGCCACGAACUUCUUUGCGACCUCCAAGCGCGCAGACCAGGGAUCAGGCGCAGCCACGAACGGCAACAACACCGAUGCCGAAGACACGCCCGAGGGCACAGGUCACGAAGACAACGGCACGCCCAGCGCAGCGGACAUGAUCCGCACCGCCAGCCACAACUACCACGCCACGCGAUCCACACGCACCAACGCGCACCCAGCGCUCAGCGCCCUGGCCGAGCUGGCCGACAAGCCGGCCACGCGCCCGCCGCCGCCCUACCACGUCCUGGCCAACUACCACGCCCGCCCCAACGGCAACGCGCCCCCGCUGACCUCGCUGAUGAACGACGAGGUCGACGACGACUGCGCCCGCAUGGACCGGCUGUCCUCCAAGCCCUCCAGCUGGAUCGACUCCUCCCUCCUCGAACUGACCGUCGCGCCCGUGCCCUCCGGCCCCGUCGACGACCACCCGCCCAACCCGGACCGCCACUCCGCCCUGCACCCGGAUUUCCCGCCCAGUAUGGGCAUCCAGUGGCAGCCGGCUCGCCAUCACAAUGGCGCCGAGAUGUUUCCCGUCGGGAUGGAGCGCGAGCGCAGCAGCAAGCGUACUCGGAACCACUAG